GGUUUAACCGGACGGGGGCGGAGCCUCCGCCCGGCGGAGCGGGCGCGUCCCGGCGGGAGCGGCGGGGCCGGUCCGGACCGAGCCCAGCCCAGCGCAGCCCAGCAGAGCCGGACCGAGCUGAGCCCAGCCGAGCCGGGCUCUCCCGCCGCCCGGCCGGCUGUUGACAAGCGGCGGCGGGAGACAGCGCGCUCGUCCCCAUGUGGCGGACGCUGGCCCUCGCCUCCGCCUUCUUCCCGGGGCUCUUCAUCCUCUGCAUCCGGUUGCUGCGCUGGGCCGCCCCGGGAUGGAGCCUCAAGGACCGCAUCCUCCUCAGCGGCAGGCUGGUGUCCACGGUGCAAGCCACGAUGGCAACGGUGUCGGGGAUCACGGUGGUGCUCAGCUGCAAGAACGUGGUGCAUGACAGGCACUGGCUGGCUGUGGAGUAUGUCUGGGUCCUGGUUCCCUACAUGACCUAUGACCUCUACGUCAUGUACCUCUGCCACUGGCACAAGAGCCAGGAGAAGGGGAUCCUGGAGAAGAAGCACUCUCUGGCCAGCGUGUGGAGCUUCCUCCUGCAGGAGCGGCUGAUGGUGACCCACCACCUCUUCAUCCUCAUCGUGCUCACCCCCAUCACCCAGGUGAGGGCUGCUGCAGGACUCCAGGGCCCCCUGGACGUGCUGGGUGUUGUCUCCUGGCCACCUCUCUGCAGGGCCCUGUGCUCAGUGCUGGCUUUCUUUACAGCACUUCAGGGGAGAGCUGGGGGACUUCUUCGUGGGCUGCAUCUUCACAGCAGAGCUGAGCACACCUUUUGUUUCACUGGGCAAAAUCCUCAUGCAGCUCAAAAUGCAGGACACCCUCCUGCACAAGGUGAACGGCAUCCUCAUCCUGGUGACCUUCUUCCUGUGCCGCAUCCUCCUCUUCCCCUUCAUGUACGCGGCCUACGCCCGCCAGGUGGGGAUCCCGGUGUACCUGGUGCCGUUCCGCAUCCCCCUGCACUGCAACAUCGCCAACGCCUCCCUCAUCGCCCCCCAGCUCUACUGGUUCAGGCUCAUCUGCCGCAAGGCCGCCCGGCUCUACGGCGGCUCUCCCGCCCACCGGAGCAGAUAACGGAGCUGAUAACGGCCCGGGGCUGGCACGGGGCAGCCCCCGGCCCUUCCCUCGGGGAGCGGCGGCUCCGCUGGAAGCGCCUCCCGUCCGCAGCGCCGGGCCGGGCAGCACGGCCGGGGCUGGGAGGGCUUUCCUCGUGUCCUCCUGCCGCGGGGGGAAGCACGACAUUCCUGCUGGGAUGCGGCUCCGCGGCACGGCCGAACCGAGGGUUACACGAGAGGGGUUUGUUCCAGCCCCCCCCGCCCGGCGCUGACACCGGACACCGGCGCGGAGGAGCCUGCGGCCGGCGCGGGGAUGCUGGAGCGGGCCCAGCCCCGGCGGCGGCGAUGGGGAGCCUGGGCCGGACCUGUCACAGCCCCCAGCCAGGCCUGGAGCUGCAGCACAGCUCUGCAGAGCCUUGCUGACCUUUACAGAGCGCAGCUCUACACUACAGCCCUGUUCGGCCGCUGACCUCCCAUGUGCACCUCACCUCCUGCUGCUGCUGCUGCUGGGCUCAAGCUCCACCCAACCCCACGGUGCUUUUCACUACAAACAGACGGCUGACAGUGCUGGGGGAUUCCUGUGCUCCCAGCAGGGCUGGAGGGCAGAAGCUCAUGCCACCAUGGGAAUGGCUCUGCUGUCUCAGGGCAGGAUGGGGACAGGAGCCUGCCAAGUCCCUGUCUCACCACCAACACGCAGGGCACUAUGCAGAGCCCUUCCUUGGCAGGGGGUGCAAUUUUCCCUCCCCUAACCACAGCUGCUUUUAUCUGGCCUGCAUCCCCUCAGCAGGUAUUUAAAACCAUCUGGCACGCCCUGCCCUGCUCUGCCCUCCAGCUGGCACCACCACACCCUGCAAACACCUGUACAGGCCAUCCCUCCAGCCCCAUCCCACCCCCACGAGGCUGCCAGGGACAGACCUGGGGCUGCACAGAAGGAACCAGCAACCCCAGAGCAGGAUGCUGAGCUGACCAGCUCGGCCCAUUUCCACUUUUAGUCACAGCAAAAUGGGUACAGGCUCCCCAGCCCACCCUGCACCACAGGGUGUGUGCAAUCAGACCACAGCUGAGUUCAUCCCCUGCAGCCAGCAGCAGCCAGGACAGCCUCCUCCUCCUCCUGCAGCCUCCUGUGCCUGCUCCAGGCAGGGAACUGCACUGGCACAGCCCCCAUGCCCAGAGACCUGUGACCACUCUGUGCCUUUCAUUCUGUCUGAAACCAGCAGCCAAGCUCUGGGAAACCCGGAUCUUUUGGGCGUUGGAUCUCAUCCCAACCACAGCUGCUGUUCUGGAUACAGUGUAAAAAAACAAAAAGGGCCUCUUCCGACCUGUGGUUGUUGUUGCAGAGACUCCACAGUCACAGCAACCACCGAGACCAGCUGAUGUUACAAACUCCUGCAACUCCUUACAGAUGUUGUUUCUCACUGUUUUCAUUGCGAAUAACGUGCCUUAUGUAAGGACCAAAAAAACCCCAGCCAAUGAGGCACCUCAGUUUGCACUAACGCUGCCCUAUUUACUAUCAGGAGACCAAUAAAGAUUUCCUCUCUGAGUCACACCACUCGCUGGCUCUUCCACGUGCUGUUCAUUGCUGGGUGGGGGCGUUACAUGUGGGGCUACUGCUGCACCCCCACCUCCGGGCAGAAGCAGCACACAUGGAUUUCCAAAGGUUCCUGCCUGUCCUGAACUCACCCAACUCGAUUCCCAGCCUCCAACUUGCUUUCCAGCCUCAGGCAGCACGUGGCAAAACCAGCAAUUCUCCUGGGACUAGGAGAGGGCUGGUGGCAAGGCAGCCAGAGGGAAGUGAUUUCUUCGAUGCUGGAGGCUGCUGUGUAAAUGCAGAGAGCCAGCAGGCAAGGCUGCAGCCACACGACUGGCAGCUUGGCUCAGCAACAGCUGUGCCCAGUUAUCCCAAAGGAAAACCAAAGCGGCUCCUCCUGCCCAUCUUCACGCUCCUACUUCCACUGC